UCUGAAAAAGAAAGGUUUUCAAGAAAAAGAAGUGGCUGGUCUAAUCCAGCAAAGAGCUUAGUCUUCGUAUCAGAGCACCCCCCCCCAAAUCAAGAUAGUGUGUUAUUACCAGAAACCAAAGAUAGCAGGAGUGUUUUAAAUGCCUGUUUUUACCUCAAGGACACACUCAGGCUAACGCUAGUCUGACUCUAGUAUUCUUCCUCCUCCUUCCCCGCUUUAUGAAGCCUCUCUGUGCGCAGGCGCUCCCCGGGGCGGAAAUAGAACCACGCGCGCCUGGCAGAGGGGUGUGGCACCUUUAACAGGACCUGCAUUCUGUUAUUUCUCACUCCCUUAUCACCUUCGAUAUUUUAAAUCUGGGAACAGAGAGGUUCAAUUUUCUUUCUUCUUGGACUAACACAAAACGAGAAAAAGUCCGUCCUCAGACUAGACUCUCGGCCUGAAAACUCAAUGUAUUCCCCAAGAGGAAGCAGGUCCCAAGCGGUGGUACUGGCGACACUACUGUCUGCACCUGUCCAGUCGAACCACAGGUGUGGCAGCGCUCCAGGCAGAACAGCCUUCGAAGGAGCUACUGAACAAAAACACCGAAACGUGUCCGAGGACCUCAGGAACAGCAGGAGGGGUCAUGGAGGGGUGCGUGGGAGACCCGAGCCUGCCUCCGAGGUCAGACCGUGAAGGGAUCGUGACACUUUAGAAACAGUGACCAGCAGAGCCCAGCGCCCACCCGCCCCUCGUCUCCUGUCCCCCACUGUUGGUGGAGGCCCCUCGUCUCCUGUCCCCCACUGUCAGUGGAGGCCCCUCGUCUCCUGUCCCCCACUGUCGGUGGAGGCCCCUCGUCUCCUGUCCCCCACUGUCGGUGGAGGCCCCUCGUCUCCUGUCCCCCACUGUCGGUGGAGGCCCCUCGUCUCCUGGCCCCCACUGUCGGUGGAGGCCCCUCGUCUCCUGUCCCCCACUGUCGGUGGAGGCCCCUCGUCUCCUGUCCCCCACUGUCGGUGGAGGCCCCUCGUCUCCUGUCCCCCACUGUCGGUGGGGGCCCCUCGUCUCCUGUCCCCCACUGUCGGUGGGGGCCCCUCGUCUCCUGUCACCCACUGUCGGUGGGGGCCCCUCGUCUCCUGUCCCCCACUGUCGGUGGGGGCCCCUCGUCUCCUGUCCCCCACUGUCGGUGGAGGCCCCUCGUCUCCUGUCCCCCACUGUUGGUGGAGGCCCCUCGUCUCCUGUCCCCCACUGUUGGUGGAGGCCCCUCGUCUCCUGUCCCCCACUGUUGGUGGAGGCCCGUGACUCCGCCUCCCCCAGAACACGGGGGGCAUGGCUGCGGACCAGGAGUGAAGAAGAGACGGAGGGAAGAGUGUUCCUGUGCCUUUAACGUCCGGGCAGAGCACGAGUGGCCCUGAGGACAGUCCAGGCACCGCAGCCCCAAUGAGGACAGACGGACACGCUGCACAAAGACCGCUCCCUGCACGCACCCAUCCACGCUAAGGGUGCUCUGUUCACAGCACCACCUGCCAUUCCUUGAUUUCCGUCAGACUCACGCAUUCAGUGAUUAAAAAGAGACGAUGCAGAAGAAACGUGAAGAUACUCACCAAAAGACGUCACAUUUCCUCCUUUGUCAAAUUUUGUCUGAAGAGAGAUAAUAAAAACAAAAUAUUUUUUUCCCAAAUCAGUAAACUCUCUGGUAUCACACCAUAUGGUACUAUAUCCCACAAACACUGACAUACACAUGGAAACCCCACUGCCCUUGUUUGGGUUAAAGUCGGUUCUGAGUGAAGGGUUGAAACUCCCUUUUCCUUUGCUGGACACGCUGACCGGGGGCUCUGGAGUUGUCAGUGAAGUCCCACUGGCUGAGCACAACCCCAGGAUGAGACGACGCAGGAGAAGUGCUGUCUCUAAGUUAUCAGGCGCCUGGCACGCACUCACCACAGUAAACACGGGGGCGACGCUGGCGAGCGUGGCCUGAGCGGCAUCGGACGUUCUCAGCAGGUGCGUUUCACCUGGAGAAUGAAUGAGAGAAUUCCGUCAGUCCACGACUGGCUGUCACAUGUGGCCUAGAGACAGCUCUCAGGAACGUGGUCUGCAGACUAUUCUGCUAUUUUUUAAAUCUUUUCCUGGAGGAGAAAACACUCAUGUGUGCAGUUUGCAGGUGCGUAUGUUCGGUUCAACGGGGAAAGGUUUUCAGACGGCUUCGGUGAGGCAGAAUUACGGUGGGUUCCCACCACCGUCCUUCCUAAUCACCUCCGAGCUGGGUGAACAAAUGUUCAACGCGGUGUUGAGACGAAAAGGAAAGGCCCAUCUUUUCUGCAUAAUUUAAAAGGCUCCUCAUGCGCACGGCGUCGGGGGGCGUAUGUUAGGACGCAGGUCCCAAGUGCCCGGACCCCACACUCCAGGAUCAGGUGGGUUGCUUGACCUACGCACUAGGGAACCUACGGACUUGACUUCCUUGUAAUAACUUCUUUUCCACAGACACUUUACUGUGGCUACGUGCAAAAUACCAACGGAACCGGAAUGAAGGCAACGCUACUUGAAAAUCAAUUUAAACCGCGUGACUGGACUGCGCUGACGGGAGCUCUGAGGUUUCUGCAGAGAGAACCCCCCGGCGAAGAGAGUGGCGGCCUCAGAUUUACAGGAAAUGCACCGACAAGGCCUGGCUGCUCCUGUUCUUCCUCUUCUGGGCGGGAUUGAUGUUCAUCACGGGCUCCGCGGUGGCGGCCGGAGCCACGGGGAGGCUCCUCUUCGGCCACGACAGCUUCGGCAACGUGUGCGGCAGGAAGAACUCCCCCGUGGAGGGGGCCCCUCUUUCCGGGCAGGACAUGACCCUAAAAAAACAUGUGUUCUUCAUGGAUUCCUGCCACCUGGACGUCAAGGAUGGCCAGCUCGGCUCCACCGCCCUCUGCGUGGCCAGCUGCCCCGAGGAGCAGCUCGACACCCUGGAAGAAGUGCAGCUCUUCGCCAACAACACUGCAAGCCUUUCCCCCUGUUUAGCCGCUGCGUCCCCCAGACGCCGGAGUGCUACUCCCUGUUCGCAUCUGUCCUGAUCAACGACGCGGACGCCCUCCAUCGCGUGCUCGGCGGGAUCAUGUCGGGAAGAAACACGAUCCUGGGCCUGUGUGUCCUUGCACUCGCCUUGUCUUUGGCCAUGAUGCUCACCUUCCGCGUCGCCACCCGCCUUCUGGUUCACACUUUGGUCGCGUUGGUUAUUGUGGGGCUGCUGUUUGUCUGUGGCGUCCUGUGGUGGCUGUAUUACGACUACAGCGCUGACCUCAGCGUGGCGCUGGACACGGAACGGGACAACGUGACCUGCUUGCUGGGCUUUGCUGUGGUGGCCACGGUUCUCACGGCCGUUCUGCUGGUGCUGAUUUUUAUCCUGAGAAGGAGAACGAAGUUGGCAGUCGAGCUUCUGCAGGUCACCAACAAGGCCAUCAGCCGCUGCCCCUUCCUGCUGCUCCAGCCGCUGUGGACGUGCGCUGUCCUCCUCCUCUUCUGGGCGUUUUGGGUGGCCGUGCUGCUGAGCCUGGGCACCGCAGGAGCGGCCCAGGUCACCGCAGGGGGACGGGUGGAGUACCAGCCUCUCUCUGGCCUCCGCUACCUGUGGGGGUACCACCUCCUGGGCCUCCUCUGGACCAGCGACUUCAUCCUCGCCUGCCAGCAGAUGGUGGUGGCGGGGGCCGUGGCCGCCUGCUACUUCAACAGGAAUGAACAGGACCCUCCCCAUCGCCCCAUCCUGUCGUCUCUCUCCAUCCUUUUCUGCUACCACCAAGGGACAGUGGCGAAAGGGUCGCUUUUGAUCACCGUGGUGAGGGUGCCACGAGCCGCCCUCAUGUUCAUUUCCAGGGCCCUGAAGGACAAGCGGAGCGCCUGGUCCAGGUGCCUGCUCAGGUGCUGCUCCUGCUGCCUCUGCUGCCUGGACACACACCUGCGCCAUCUCCACCAGAACGCGUACGCGGCCACGGCCAUCAACGGGACCGAGUUCUGUACGUCCGCGAAGGACGCGCUCAGGCUCUUGUCCGAGAACUCGAGUCAUUUCACGUCGGUUAGCUGCUUCGGGGACUUCGUCGUCUUCCUAGGCAAGGUGCUGGUGGCGUGUCUGACCGUGUUCGGAGGGCUGAUGGCCUUCAACUACCACCGCAUGCUGCAGGUGUGGGCCGUGCCGCUGCUCCUGGCCGCCGCCCUCGCCUACCUGGUGGCGCACAGUUUCCUGUCCGUGUUCGAGACCGUGCUGGGCGCCCUGCUGCUGUGCUUGGCUGCCGACCUGCACACGAAUGACGGCUCGCCCGGAAAGCCCUACUUCAUGGACCACGAGCUAUUGCAUUUGGCACCCGCGCGCCCGCCACCCCCACAGUCGGUCAGGGGCCGUCGCUACAGUGAAGGCUCCGUCUGGCCGGGUGGCGGCGGGUCUGCCAUCGCGGGCCCUCUGCUCACCCGCAGCCCCGGCAGCUGUCCCCGCUCAUCCCUGCAGACGGGCCUUUGGACAGCUGGGCGUCUCAUCUCCCCGCUGUCGGGGCCAGUGGCGUCCGGAUAAUCCUCGUUCGUUGUCGCCAUAAAACGUAGGCGUUAAAGCCCCUUCGCUUCUAAGAGCAGCAGGCGCAGCCCCUCUGCGCGGCCCCUCCGCGUCUGUAACGACGUGUCCUCAGCCUCCACGCAAACAGGAGGCGCCCGCGGAGCCGCGGAGUCACGUGUCCGCAGUCGCGGGAGGUGCUCCGGAGGCGGCAGGACGCGGGCAGCGCUUCUUGUUCCGGUUCCCACUUUUCUGACUUAAAAUCCACUUGGAAAUCUACCCCCCUCCCCCCAAUAUUUUAAUUCAAUAGGGGACACUUUUUAAAAAAGAUUUUUAGAGAGAGGAAGGGAGAGGGAGGGCAGGAAGAAGUGGGGGAGAGACAUUGAUGUGAGAGAGGAACGCCCUGUGAGAGCAGAACUUCGAUCGGCUGCCCCUGCCCGCCGCCCCCGGGGAUCGAGCCCACAGUCCCAGGCCUGUGCCCGACAGGAGAGUGAACCUGUGAUCCUCAGCGCAUGGGACGAUGCCCAACCAACUGAGCCACCCGGCCAGGGCUGGGGGGACUUUUUAAGGAUUCAGUUCCCCAAAGUGAUGUGGCCAGGCACACGGCUGCCAAGCGUAUGUAGGCCACAACCCUGGCCACGCGCCCUCCUGC